AUGCGUGAGAUCGUCCACAUCCAGGCAGGCCAGUGCGGCAACCAGAUCGGCGCGAAGUUCUGGGAGGUCAUCUCCGACGAGCACGGCGUCGACCCGAGCGGCGAGUACCGCGGGGACUCGGAGCUCCAGAUCGAGAGGAUCAACGUCUACUUCAACGAGGCGGCGGGCGGCAGGUACGUCCCCCGCGCCAUCCUCGUGGACCUCGAGCCGGGCACGAUGGACUCUGUCCGCGCAGGCCCCUUCGGGCAGAUCUUCCGCCCCGACAACUUCGUCUUCGGCCAGUCCGGCGCCGGGAACAACUGGGCGAAGGGCCACUACACGGAGGGCGCCGAGCUCGUCGACGCCGUCCUCGACGUCGUCCGCAAGGAGUCCGAGGCGUGCGACUGCCUCCAGGGCUUCCAGAUCUGCCACUCCCUGGGGGGCGGCACGGGCGCCGGGAUGGGCACGCUCCUCAUCGCGAAGAUCCGCGAGGAGUACCCCGACCGCAUGAUGUGCACGUUCUCCGUCGUCCCGUCCCCGAAGGUCUCGGACACGGUCGUUGAGCCGUACAACGCGACCCUCUCGGUCCACCAGCUCGUCGAGCACGCCGACGAGGUCUUCUGCAUCGACAACGAGGCCCUCUACGACAUCUGCUUCCGCACGCUCAAGCUCACGUGCCCCACCUACGGAGACCUCAACCACCUCGUCUCGCUCGUCAUGUCCGGCUGCACGAGCUGCCUCCGCUUCCCCGGCCAGCUCAACGCCGACCUCCGCAAGCUCGCGGUCAACCUGAUCCCGUUCCCGCGCCUCCACUUCUUCCUCGUCGGCUUCGCGCCCCUGACGAGCCGCGGCUCCCAGAUCUACCGCGCCCUCACGGUCCCCGAGCUCGUCUCCCAGAUGUUCGACAACAAGAACAUGAUGGCCGCGUCCGACCCGCGCCACGGCCGCUACCUGACCGCCGCCGCCAUGUUCCGCGGGCGCAUGUCCACGAAGGAGGUCGACGAGCAGAUGCUCAACAUCCAGAACAAGAACUCCUCGUACUUCGUCGAGUGGAUCCCGAACAACAUGAAGGUCAGCGUCUGCGACAUCCCGCCGCGCGGGCUCAAGAUGGCCGCGACCUUCAUCGGAAACUCCACGUGCAUCCAGGAGCUCUUCAAGCGCGUCGGCGAGCAGUUCACGGCGAUGUUCCGCCGCAAGGCCUUCCUCCACUGGUACACGGGCGAGGGGAUGGACGAGAUGGAGUUCACAGAGGCCGAGUCGAACAUGAACGACCUCGUCUCCGAGUACCAGCAGUACCAGGAGGCCGGCGUCGACGAGGGCGAGGAGUUCGAGGAGGAGGAGGACUUCGGCGACGAGUACGCUUGA